AUGUUUGAAGACAGCUACAUCGAGCGCAAGAUCGACUUUGUCACGGGUCAUACUGGUAGUAAUGUCUGGGAUAUCACUCAAGUGACGUUGGUCGCUCCCGCUGCCGCUCUGCUCUGGGCUGUUCUUCAGACCAGACAGAAAUUCUUCGACCCUUACACGACAUCAUCGUUGUUGACUGAUUUCUUGCUCCAAGUCGGGGCUAUCCUGUUCGCAGUCACAGCGUAUGCUGACAACCCUACUGUCUUGAUUGGAUUGCUUCUGGUUCCUGCGAUUGGCACUGUUGUUAAUGGCGACAAUAUCGAACAUAGAUUCAGCAAGCCGGCAAAGCCUCCUGUCAAAGAGGAUGAUGCUGCUGGACCCCCAGAGCCUGUUGAUCAGGUUCCCAUCAAGCCUUUCAUCACCACCUACAGAGGUGCCAUGAUGAUCAUCACCUGCAUCUCCAUCUUGGCUGUAGAUUUCCCUGUAUUCCCUCGUCGUUUUGCCAAGGUUGAGAACUGGGGUGUUUCUCUCAUGGAUCUUGGUGUUGGUUCCUUCGUUUUCGGUGCUGGCUUGGUCUACGCUCGUCAAGCUCUCAAGGAGGAGGAUGAGAAUGCACCCAAGGUCAGCUUCGCCGCCAAGAUGAACUCUGCAGUUAUGCACUCUUUGCCCAUGCUCGCUCUGGGGUUCCUCCGUCUUUGGACUGUCAAGGGUCUUGAGUACCAGGAGCACGUUACCGAAUACGGUGUACACUGGAACUUCUUCUUCACUCUUGGACUUCUGCCCAUCUUUGUCACUAUUCUCCAACCGGUCAUCAAGUAUAUCCCGUCGUACGGCGCUCUCGGCUUCGCACUACUCGUUCCUUACGAAAUGCUGUACACCUUCACGGAUCUUGGCAUGUACAUGUUCAUGGCACCCAGAGACGACUUCAUCUCUGCCAACCGCGAAGGCAUUUUCUCUUUCCUUGGUUACCUCGCUAUCUUCAUCGUCGGACAAGGCAUCGGUAUGGAAGCACUUCGCCGCGAUGUCAACGCUGCCACUCCUAUAACUCAAAACGAUGAGUGGCACAACUCGAUGCUCAAGCUUGCAAAGUGGACUGGUCUCUGGAUUGUCAUGUACGUCUUCCUGACAUGGCACUACGGCCCUCGCUUGACUUCUUCUCGUCGUCUGGCGAAUCUGCCUUACCUCGCAUGGGUCGCAGCCUUCAACUGUGGACAGCUUCUCCUCUUCCGUGUCAUCGAGGGUCUUCUCUUCCCUCUUCUGUACACCUCCCGCGAUAGAAAGGUCGAGCAAGAGCGCGUCAAGAAGGCUACCAGCAAGGUGCUCCACGCCUUCAACCGCAACGGACUGGCCAUCUUCUGCCUCGCGAAUCUCUUGACUGGACUUGUCAACAUGACUAUGCCAACUUUGGAUAUGAACGACUACCAGGCCAUUGCCGUCCUGAUCAGUUACAUGAGCAUUCUGACUGGAGUUGGUCUGUUCCUGGAUCAGCGCAACAUUACCAUCAAGCUGUAA